UUUCACUUCCUGAACUUCGUUUUUCUGACAUCUCCAUGUGAAGCUUCAUGUGAAGUCCCUCGACAGUCCUGCCUCUGCACUCCUGUUGAGUGGGGAGCAACAUCUGUAGCCACCCAGACCUGCGGAGAAAGAAGAGGGAAACAUCAGCGGCCUGUGGCAGCUGGCCGAACUACAGCCUUGACGUGGAGCCAUCUCCUCAUGGCAAGGACUGGCCGGGUCUCCACUGUCAGCGGUGAAGGUGGAAAGUGUGUGUGAGCUGAUGUGGAUGUGAAUUCAGCAGCAUGGAUCAGUGUGAGGACAGAGAGGAGGGAGUCCCUCCCUCUAAAACCACUCUGUGUGGGGAACAUGAGAGCCAGACCAAAGCUCAGAGGAACCAACCUGGACCUCCACCCAGCUGUGUGUCCUUAAAGAGUGACCAGUCUAAAGCUGACAUGAUUGGUUUUAAAGUCCAGCCUAUGUCUGCUGCAGAGAGAGUGGACCAGGAGAGCUCAGAGGUUCCCAGUAGUCAGUCUGCCCAGCAGCAUCAAACAGAACUGGACUCAAUAUUUAUGCUGCUGGAGGACAACAUCAUCACUUUCAUAAAGAACGAGCUGAAGAAGAUACAGAAGGUUCUGAGUCCAGAUUACCCAACUGCUCAUCAUUCUCAGAUGGAGGAUGAUGAGCGGAAGAGGAGCAGCAGUGAGGCAUUUCUGAAGAUCACACUAGACUUCUUGAGGAGAAUGAAGCAGGUGGAGCUGGCUAACCGUCUGCUGAGCAGAAUUCCCAUGGGAGGUUUAGAACCAAAUCUUAAGUCUUUCUUGAAGAAGAAGUUUCAGUGUGUCUCUGAGGGGAUUGCUAAAUCAGGAAAAACAACCCUUCUGAAUCAGAUCUACACAGAGCUCUACAUCAUAGAGGGAGGGACUGCAGAGGUCAAUGAUGAACAUGAGGUCAGACAAAUUGAGACAGCAUCCAGGAAAAUAGACAGUCUAGAAACAACAAUCGGACAAGAAGACAUCUUUAAAGCCUCACCUGGAAGAGAUGAACCAAUCAGAACAGUGCUGACAAAGGGUGUGGCUGGCAUUGGGAAAACAUUCUUAACACAGAAAUACACCCUCGACUGGGCUGAAGGCAAAGCCAACCAGGACAUCCGGUUCAUAUUUCCAUUCACUUUUAGAGAGCUGAAUGUGCUGAAAGAGGAAAAGUUCAGCUUGGUGGAACUUGUUCAUCACUUUUUUACUGAAACCAAAGAAGCAGGAAUCUGCAGCUUUGAAGAGUUUAAAGUUGUGUUCAUCUUUGAUGGUCUGGAUGAGUGUCGACUUCCUCUGGACUUCCACAAAACUACAAUCCUGACUGACCCUAGAAAGCCCACCUCAGUGGAUGUGCUGCUGAUAAACCUCAUCAGGGGGAAACUGCUUCCCUCUGCUCGCCUCUGGAUAACCACACGUCCUGCAGCAGCCAAUCAGAUCCCUCCUGACUGUGUUGACAUGGUGACAGAGGUCCGAGGGUUCACUAACUCACAGAAGGAGGAGUACUUCAAAAAGAGAUUCAGAGAUAAGAAGGCCAGCAGGAUCAUCUCCCACAUCAAGGCAUCACGAAGCCUCCACAUCAUGUGCCACAUCCCAGUCUUCUGCUUGAUCACUGCUACAGUUCUGGAGGAUGUGCUGAGAACCAGAGAGGGAGGACAGCUGCCCAAGACCCUGACUGAGAUGUACAUCCACUUCCUGGUGGUUCAGGCCAAAGCGAAGAAGGUCAAGUAUGAUGGAGGAGUUGAGACAGAUCCACACUGGUGUCCAAAGAGCAAGAAGAUGAUUGAGUCUCUGGGAAAACUGGCUUUUGAUCAACUGCAGAAAGGAAACCUGAUCUUCUAUGAAUCAGACCUGACAGAGUGUGGCAUCAAUAUCAAAGCAGCCUCAGUGUACUCAGGAGUGUUCACACAGAUCUUUAAAGAGGUGAGAGGACUGUACCAGGACAAGGUGUUCUGCUUCAUCCAUCUAAGUGUUCAGGAGUUUCUGGCUGCUCUUCAUGUCCACAUGACCUUCAUCAACUCUGGAGUCAAUCUGCUGGAAGAACAACAAACAAUCACCAAGAAAUCUAAAUUAUUGAAUGAACCAAAACUCCAUUAUAUCCACCAGAGUGGUGUGGAUAGGGCCUUACAGAGUCCAAAUGGACACCUGGACUUGCUCCUCCGCUUCCUCCUGGGUCUUUCACUGCCGACCAAUCAGACUCUUCUACAAGGGCUGCUGACACAGACAGGAAGUAGCUCACAGACCAAUAAGAAAACAGUCCAGUAUAUUAAGGAGAGGAUCAGUGAGAAUCUGUCUGCAGAGAAAAGCAUCAAUUUGUUCCACUGUCUGAAUGAACUGAAUGAUCGUUCUCUAGUGGAGGAGAUCCAACAGUGGAUGAAAUCAGGAAGUCUCUCGACAGAUAAACUGUCCCCUGCUCAGUGGUCAGGUCUGGUCUUCAUCUUACUGUCAUCAGAAAAAGAUCUGGAUGUGUUUGACCUGAAGAAAUAUUCAGCUUCAGAGGAGGCUCUUAUGAGGCUGCUGCCAGUGGUCAAAGCCACCGACAAAGCCCUACUGGAUGGCUGUAAUCUCUUAGGAAGAAGCUGUGCAGCACUGUCCUCUGUUCUCAACUUCCAGUCCUCUAGUCUCAGAGAGCUGGACCUAAGUAACAACGACCUGCAGGAUUCAGGAGUGAAGCUUUUCUCUGAAGGACUGAAAGAUCCACAUUGUAAACUGGAAUCUCUCAGUCUGUCAGGCUGUCUGAUCACAGAGGAAGGCUGUACUUCUCUGGCCUCAGCCCUGAUCUCCAACCCCUCCCAUCUGAGAGGGCUGGACUUGAGCUACAACCACCCAGGAGACACAGGAAUAAAUCUGCUUUUGGCUGGACUGAAGGAUCCAUGCUGGAGACUGGACACACUCAGGGUGGAGCCUGCUGGAGAACAAUGGUUGACACCAGGUCUGAGGAAGUAUUCCUGUCAACUCACAAUCGACACGAACACAGUACACACAAACCUCAAACUGUCUGACAACUACAGGAAUGUGGCACAUGUGGAGGAGGUUCAGUCAUAUCCUGAUCAUCCAGACAGAUUUGAUGUUUGGCCUCAGCUGCUGUGCAGAAAUGGUCUGACUGGUCGCUGUUACUGGGAGGUCGAGUGGAGUGGAAGAGUUGACAUGUCAGUGAGUUACAGAGGCAUCAGAAGGAAAGGAGACAGUUAUGACUGUGUGUUUGGAUACAAUGAUCAGUCCUGGAGUCUGAACUGCACUGAUAAUGGUCCUGAUUCCGUCUGUCACGAUAACAGUCGAACAUCCAUCUCCUCCUCCUCCUCCUCCUCCUCCGUCUCUAACAGAGUAGCAGUGUAUGUGGACUGUCCUGCUGGCACUCUGUCCUUCUACAGAUUCUCCUCUGACACUCUGAUCCACCUCCACACCUUCAACAACACAUUCACUGAAACUCUUUAUCCUGCAUUUUAUUUCUUUCCUUGUGCCUCAGUGUGUCUGUGCUGAGUUGAGAGAAAGAGUGUCCUCCUGUUAGAGAAACACUCUGACUGUUGAACUGAUAGUUCAGUCUGUACAUGUCUGUUUCUUUCACUCAGAAACACAUUUUCAGAUUCAUGGAUUCAAUGAGUUGAUGACUGUUCUAAAUGAUUCCUUGUAAACUUCUUCCUCUUCAGUCCUUUAAAGAUGGAACCAUGAUUAUUCCAAGAUCCACGUUGUUGUUUUUUUCCACUCGAGGCUUCACAGUAAAUAUCAGUAUGAUGUGUUUCUCUGACGCACAGUUCACAACCAGCUCCUCUUCAUUUUCAAUAGGUCUGAGCUCAUUAUAAUGAAUGUUUGAUUUCUCUUUCUUAAUGUGAUUUUUCCAUAAUUCUUAAAUAAGUGGACAUCCAAUAUUUUUCAGUCAAUGUGGAAAUGAGCAAGUUUCCUGAGGCAGUAUUUGAAUAAAAUAUUCAAGACAUUCAGUGUCUCUCGUGUUUGUGUCAUUUUAUAAAAUCAGCUGCUUUUAAAAACUGAUCCAAUCAAAGAAACAUCGACUGUCACUAACAUCUCCUUGAACUCUUCAUCAGUGGUGAUUUUUCGCCCUCUCCUGCCGAGAAGAUGAAUUGCAUGAUGUCAUUUUAAUUAACACACAUGACAUGAAGUGUUUUUCAAUCUACCUUUUCUAGCAGGAGAGGCACAGAGAUGAGUCCACUGUCAGAGGCCAUAUGAAGAUCAUUUCUAACCUUUACUAAAGCUACUUUUUUGUGCUGUGAUGGACUCUUUCCGACAGAAAAUAGAGCAAGUGCAAUCAUAUAAAUAUCUUGGGACUAUAAUCAAUGAAAAACUGAACUUUGAUGAGAAUUGCAAAUCGGCCUGUAAAAAGGGUCACCAUCGCCUUUACUGCCUCAGGAAACUUGCUCAUUUCCACAUUGACUGAAAAUUUUUAACUUUGUUUUAUCAUUCUUUUAUUGAGUCUGUUUUAUCUUUUUGUUUGGUAACAUGAUUUGGUCAGACCUCUGUCACAGAGAAAAACUCACUGAAUCAUAUAGUGAGAUGGUCCAGUCGUCUGAUAGGUGAGUCACAGUCCUGUUUAGCCUCCCUGUACUCUACACAAGUACAACAGAUGGCUUAAUCAAUUCUUAAAAAUGGUUCCCAUCCUGUAAGGGGUGAAUUUCAGCUUCUUUCCCCAGGAGGGAGGUUCCUAUUUUCAAGAU